AAGUGAUUUACUUUAGGUUUAGCAGCUGUGAUGAACCCGCGGAGGAUGCGGAAACCGCGACAUAACGGCCCGUAGCAGCUUAUUAACGGAGGAACAACCACACAACGAAGUACACACGAGAGUCAGACAGAGCCGACGACAUGGUUGUAGUCGGGUGUUUGUUGUUGUUGUUGUUUAUCUCGUCGGUCGGAGCCGCGAAGACUGCAGGGGACGACGAGUGGGUUAAUCUGCCCAACAAAUGUGAAGUGUGUAAGUUCGUCAGUAUCGAGAUGAAGUCGUCGUUCGAUGAGACGGGGAAGACCAAGGAGGUCAUCGACAGGAACUACCGCUUCAUAGACAGCAAAGGGGCGCCGCCAAUCAAAUACGUCAAGUCAGACCUCAGAUUCAUCGAGGUUGUAGAAAAUGUGUGUCAGAGGCUGCUGGAGUACAAUCUGCACAAAGAGAGAACUGGUAGUAACCGCUUUGCCAAGGGUAUGUCAGAGACCUUCUCCACCCUCCAUGGUUUGGUGAAUAAAGGCGUGAACGUGGUGAUGGAUAUUCCCUACGAGCUGUGGAACGAGACUUCAGCAGAAGUGGCCGACCUUAAAAAACAGUGUGACGUGUUGGUGGAGCAGUAUGAGGAAGUGAUUGAGGAAUGGUACAAAGGAACCCAGGAAGAAGACCUGACUACUUACCUGUGUGAGAAACAUGUUCUCAAAGGACAGGACAAAGCCUGCCUGAGCGAGGAUUGGUCCAGGGGGAAGAAGAAGGGAGACCAGGCCGCCAUCGCAGAGGACAAGAAGAAGAAGAAAAAGAAGAAGGGAGUGAAGAAGGGAAAGGGCAAGAGCGAGGAGGGAGAGGAGGGAGGGGACGUCAGCUCGGAGGGAGAGAAAGCGACGAAGAAUAAGAAGGAGAAGAAGAUGAAGAAAAAGAAGAAGAGCAAAGCCCCGGUGGAGAAGAUGGAUGGAGGGAUGUCGUCGGAUGAGGAGAUCCAGCCGCAGACGCCCCUCUCUGGGCAGAAGACGGAGCUGUGAGGACCCCGGUUCCUCGUCUGGACCCCGGAUCAGCUCGACUAGACAGAAGUAAACUCUUAGUAAAAGCAUUCUGCAGCUUCUUUAAAACGUCUUUAACUGUUGUCAAAAAAACUCUCUAAAGGUUUAAGUCGCUGAAUAUGCUGAAUCACAUCUUGUACUGUUACACCCCCGGGUUUUAAAGUCUUUAUUUCAGUUUCUGUCAGUCUGAACCGGUCUCAGAUGGUUUUUAAUGGGCAGGGGGAUUUAAACGAGAGAGUAAACUUGAUGGAAUUUGCAGGCACCCUUAAUAACUAAAUAUCUUCACUUAAGAGUUAAUCCAGUUUAUUGUUUCUAUUGGUUCUCAUAAUGAUAAUUCUGAUAGUAUUAUACUCCAACAACAACAACAACAGUCUGGGUAGUGGAUUAAUCAUUCGGUAAGCAAAAAUAAUCAGCUGUAUUUCACAGGUUUAUAUGAUUUUAAAUUUAAUAUCUUUGGGUUUUGGAUCGUUGGUCUGACACAAAAACAAACCAAGGACGCCACCUUAUCCCCAAAUUCCACCGGGCACUCAUCCCAGAACCAACUCGGGUCAAGCAGUGCAGAACAGAUCACACUGACAGGAAAUCAGACAGAAACAGCACAGAGAAUCCGGUCAAUUUUCAAAAUAAAAUACUACGUUAAGUUCAGAAGUCAGUCAGUCAGAGGAGCUUCGAGGGGGAGAAACACUGUUUUGUAUUGUUAUUCAGGACAAAAUACACAAGUAAACAACAUCGGGCAGACAACACGCUCUCGGUGGGAUUUGAAGACGCGUGGAUCACGAGGCCACACCGGCGCCACAAAGCCGAGCCCGGUGGAAUUUGGGGUUAGGAGCUGUGAACUUGUGAUUGGAAUUCUUCACUGUUUAUUGACGUGUUAUCAACUCAAUAACUUAUCAAUUUCUUACACAAUCAUUAGUUGCAGUCCUAAAAAAAACACCAUAAGAUUUGAUCUGAUUUUGCUUUUAAGGUGAUUUUACUACAGAAAGUGUUCGACCCCACUUUAAAAACCGCUGUGUUACACCUUCAGUGCUGUAUGCCGAGGGAAUUUAAUUUUCUUUCAGUUGAAUGUAGACUUUUCAUGCUGUAUCUCCUCCUAAUGUGAAUCUGAGUGUUUGUCUGUUUUUUAAAAAGUCUUGUAUUCACCCAAAUAUUCAUUCCAACUGAAAACUUGGACUUUUACGACCUUUUGGGAGGAAACGCUCAUUGCCUGAGAAGUUUACCGUAACAGUUGACACCAUAGAGAACAGCUUUUCCUUAUUAUAAUAAUAUUUUAAUAUUUCAAAAUGUUUGAUAUCAGUAGAGGAAACUGCAGAAUUCCCCUUUUUAACCAUUUUAAGUCUCAGAUUCAGUGAAAUUCCCCUUUUUAAUUUGUAAAUUCAACAUAAGGUACCUUUUUGUUUUUUCAUUUGUGUUUCUGUAAGUUUUUUAUUUUUUUUAAUAAUUUUCCAUUUAUUGUAUUGUGUGUGUGUGUGUGUGCUGUACAAAAAGCUGCUAUUUAAGGUGUGUUUGUUGGUUCCCGAGCUGACGAUGAAAGUUUGUGUGUAUGUUUUUUGCCUUUCUUUGUGUGUGUGUGUGCGUGUGCGUGUGUGUGUGUUUUUACAGAUUUUUAUUCUGAAGUGAAAACGCCGGCUGUGUUGUAUUGAAGUUGCUUUUUGAAACCAUGAGCAGACGCGUCAGUGGAUCAAUAAACACAGGUUUAAAAACUCUGUAAA